CUGUCACAGAAAGACUCCCCGCCCCCUCCCCAACAAACACAACGGUAUUAAGAAGUCAGUGCAUUUCUCUCUUGUGCAACCGGAGGAGCCCUCCUUUUGGACGUAGAGGCCGCAGAGAUGAAGGGUCGGAGCGGGGGCAGGCCUGUCAAAUCCUCGAAGCAGUACCUGCACCAAGUCAUUGCAGAAUAUGAGGCACUGGACCGAGAGCUCCCGUGCAUCCGGAAGUUCCCCACACCUCCCGCGGCGCAGCCCCUCUGCCUGUGCGUGGAGACCUCGCCAGAGGAGGAUCUCACCCAUCUGGAGGUGCUGCAAGCGCUGGAGGCCGAGUUACCUGGAGCCAUGGAGAACGGGUGCGUGAGCAGCAUCCGCUAUGAGAACAUGAACGUCAUCUGUGGGACUGCGGGGCGCCGGGACCGGUGGCUCAUCACGGUUACCGACUUCCAGACUCGCUCGCGUCUGCUGCGAUCUGGGCUGUGUCUCCGCGGGCUCCCGUACCCGCUCGUGCGCCACGACGACCUGCUGCUGGACGACUACCGCCUGCACCUGCGCCGCUCCCUGGUCCGGCGGCGCAUGCUCGAGGCUCUGGGGGCGGAGCCGACCGAGGACUGACCAGGGAAUGGGCCCGGCUGCGCUUGCGCACCGCCCAGCUGGCUGGGGUGGCCCACCCCGAACCGCCGAGGAAAGGGGGCGUUGCCUCCCCAGGAAGGAGGCGGGGCCGGCUCGAGGGGGUGGAUACUGUGAGUUUAAUUAUAAAGAAUGACCUGGUACAAAAGCCAUUUCUCUCUGCAAAAUCUUGGUGGGGAGUCAGGGGAAGGGAGGUGAUGGGGGGUAGGGUCGAACCCCCAUAGUAUAAUCCCGCCAACAUAAACUUCUCCCGGUCCCUGCAAAUGGACGCCUGGGUCCCAAUCCCUUGAGGGAUGAGCUGAGGCCCUCAAGAGGGAAGACCCAGGCGCUGGGGCUUUCGACAAGUGCGGAUCCCUGUCUCAGCGAGACCCAGACGUCCUCAUCCGUCCCCUCCUCUUUCUCCUCCCACCCCCCUUGGAAGACAAUUCUUGGGCUUUUAUUUCAGGUUUUUUUCUGGAUUUAUGUGUGUUCUAGGGUUUUUUUUUUUUUGUCUUUUCUUUUGUUAUUGUUCCUCUUUUUUGCUUUGUCUUUCCUCUUC